CGCAACGAGAACAAACAUCGACGUGGAGUGUCUGAGACAGAACACACCUUUCUCUUGCACGACUCUCGCGACCGGAAUAGUGCUGCACUGAAGAGAUACUCGCUCCGGCGCAUUUGAAAGGCCAAGCUCGGGCAUGACGUAGCUGCCAAAGCUGUUCGCAUCGGCCCAACACCCGAACCUUCUUUUCACGCAGUGCACCUCCGCCCGCGCCCAGAACACGCAAGCAGGCGCGCCAACUGUCAUCGACGUCACCUUACCGUCUGCGCUCACGCUGCCCGCCGAUCCGGGUGACUUCUGCCUUCGCUUCCCUCUGACACCUACAUAACCCUUCUCUCCCUCUACCCAUCCACCCUCAGCUUCCGACACAUCCCGCCCCGCCCAUCCUCCGCCCUCCUCCGUGCAAGGUCAAGACGACCUACACCCGUCAGCACUACCACCCACAAUGGCAGCCCUAAGAGCCGGCCUCUCCAUCACCUCCAUCAUCCUCCUCGCCGGCGGCAUCGUCCUCCAGUUCUUCGUCAUCCUCUCCGGCGUCGUCAACAACUCCGCUCCGGUCAAUCUAGUCUACUUCCUGCAAGCCUCCACCGCCGGCAUCACCAGCUCCACCGUCUCCCGCAUCCCCGCCAACGCGCGCUGGACCUUCUUCGCCCUCUGCGGCGAAGCCAAUGGCCACAAUGCCAACUGCCACCAAGUCCAUCCCGCCUUCCCCUUCAAUCCCCCCGGCAGAGAGAACUUUGGCACCAUCCGCGGCAUCCCAUCCCAGUUCAUCGGCACCGAUAGGUACUACUACCUGAGCCGCUUCGCCUUUGCCUUCUUCCUCAUCGCCCUCUUCUUCGCCGUCGUCUCCUUCUUCCUCUCCGCCUUUGCCCUCUGCGCGCGUCUCGGCGCCUACCUCACCGGCCUCACCACCAUGCUAGCCCUCUUCUUCCAGAUUGUCGCCGCAUCCCUGAUCACUGCCUGGUCCGUCCUCGGCCGCGACGCCUUUAGGAAAAACGGACAGUCGGCCAAGCUCGGCGCGUACGGCUACGGCUUCACCUGGGCCGCGGCGGCAUGCUUCCUCCUCUCCACCAUCCUCUUCUGCGUCGGCGGCCGCGCCGACAAGAGCUCCGGCGGCGGCGGCGGCCGCAGCGGCGGAUACUUUGGCCGCAAGCGGAGUACGCGCAGCCGCGGCAGCUUCGUGGACAGCGAGAGUGGGAGGCGGGUGAAGGAUGAGUACGAGUAAUGGUGACGAGGAAGAAUUAUAAUAUCUAUCCUGGCAUUUCUUUCUUUCUCCGACGCACAGAGAAUAUAUCGUCCAGCGUCGUCGCGCGAAAUACCAAGCUUGGAUGGGGCUGGCUGGGGCGUUUUGGGCCCGCGGGGCAGCAAAUACCGAUUUUUAACUUGUAAUGUAUUUCGAAAUGUAAUCACAUACAUACUGAAAUGAUACCAAUGACACA